AUGAGUCAACCAAAUUGUUCAACUUCAUGCUUAUCUUCAAAUGGUAGACUAACUCCCAAAUGCGGCCACAAUGUCUCCAUGAAGUUAUUUGUUUCAAAAUCGGUUGCAAAUCCCGAGAGAAAAUACUGGAAGUGUAAGUUCUGGGGUAAAGGAGAUGACUGCAACGCAUUUGUUUGGGAUGAUGAAUUUUUUGAUGAUUUCGGUGAUAACGGCCAUUCAGAUGUAGUUUCAGUAGAACUGAUGAGCAAACUGGAGAGAGACAUCGCACUGAAGAUGGAAGCCAUGGAGAAAAAAAUGGAUGAGUUACAAAAGAAGCUGAAUUAUGUUUUAGUUGGGUUUAUUUGUCUUUUGGUUCAUUUCUUACUUAGUUCAUGUAAAAAUUCAUGA